GACUUAUAGGGGCGGGCAGUCGUCGAGUGCGCUGGCCCAUGUCGCUGCAGCAGCCGUUGUUGGGAGGCGCAGCUGGCCGCCUGAAUGUGUGCGAAACGUGCGGCUCUCCUUGGUGUCGCUGUACGCCCGGCAAGUGCCACUGCGAGCCCUUGGACCUGCGCCCGAACUCCCGGCCUCGGGGGCGCUUCAGCUACAAGCUGAGUCUUGGCCUUGACCACUCCGAAAAGCGCCUGCUGGAGGACAUUGUCGCCUUUGUAGGUGGGGAGCUGAGCGGGCUCAACGAGAUGCUGGGCAUCAUGGAGGUCGAGAUGUCAGAUGCGCCAGAGAAGCUGGCGGCGGCGCUGAACUGUGCGGGGCUGCCGACCUCGCUGCAGAAGGAGUUGGUGUGCCAAGAGGCACAGGCGGAGCUGGCCAUUUUUCAGGUUCAAGGCAUGACCUGCGCCAGCUGCACUGGCGCUGUCGAGCGCGCCCUUCGAGCGGUGCCGGGGGUGAGCGACGCAUCGGUGAAUUUGCUGAUGAAGCGGGCGGAAGUGAAGCACCAAGGAGUCGAGGUGCAGAAGUUGCAGGAGGCUGUGGAGGACAUCGGCUUUGACUGCGAGGUGAUCCAGGAGCUCAAGCCCCAGGUCACGAGCGACAAGCUGAUGGUUGGCAGCUUCAAGGUGGGAGGGAUGACCUGCGCGGCGUGUGUGGGUGCUGUUGAGCGUGCAGUGCUAGCUGUGAUGGGCGUUAAGUCGGCAGAUGUGUCGCUGACCUUGAAGCUCGCCAAGGUGACCUACACCUCCAAAGCCGACGAGAUUGUGUCUGCCAUCGAGUCUAUCGGCUUUGAGGGGGAGCUGCUCACUGAGGCGGCCGCCACCAGCGGCGACCGCCCCUCGGAGCUGCCGGUGGCGCCGCUCCGCAGCGCCGCAGAGCUGCGCAAGGCGGCGUCUGCCAUUUACGGGGUGAGAGGCGUGGUGGUGCACAAGGAUGAAUCCUCUGCGCGCCUUCUGUACGACCCCAUCGAGGUGGGCGCGCGGAGCUUGCUGGAGAAGCUUGACGGUGUCUGCAGAUACCAUGUGGAAGUCGCCGAGGAUCCCACCGCGGCAACUCUGAGACUGCUUCAUUCGCGGCUUUGCCUCUCGGUGGCGCCUACGCUGAUGAUCGUGUUGCUGGCGGAGGGCUUCCUGCCGGAGGCCUGGGACGAUUCGGUUCUGCCCAGCGGCUUCCUGUAUGUCCUAUGCCUAUCAGCCUUUGUGCAGUUCUACUGCGGCUGGAGCUUCCACUCUGCAGCCUUCUCUGCGGCGCUCCAUGGGGCUUCAACCAUGAACACCCUGGUGUCGCUUUCAACGACGGUGUCCUUUCUCUACGGCCUGCUGGGUGGCUUGUGCCAUGUGCUGGGCAGCCCUCUCUUCAGCCUGGGCAUGGCCUCCAUGUUUUGCGAGACCAGCGCCGUGCUGAUCACUGUGCUGCUGGCCGGGCGCAUGUUGGAGGCCCGCGCCAAGAGCCACACAACGGCGCUGGUGCGAGAGAUCUCCGCCAAGAGGCCAGAGUUCGCCCGCCUUCUGGAGAAGGAAGAAGAGAGCAGCGUUCGAUACGACCUCAUCCAACUCGGGGACCUCCUCCGGGUCCUUCCAGGCGAGCAGGUGCCAGUGGACGGCGAAGUUGUGACCGACAGCACGGCCUACUGCGACGAGUCUCUGCUCACCGGGGAGCCCAGAGCGGUGCGCAAGCAGAAGGGCAGCCAAGUGGUAGGCGGAUCCACAUCAGUGCAGGGCGGCUUUGUGAUGAAGGCGAUGAGCGCAGGGAAUUCCACGACUUUGGCCCGAAUCUUGCAGUUGGUGGAGGACGCGCAGACCCGGCGCCCCAAAGUGCAGCGGAGCGUGGAUCUGCUGGCAUCCUACUUUACGCCUGUUGUGCUGGCGUCCGCGGUGUUGACCUUUUGCGUCUGGAGUUUUCAGGCCCAGAAUUUGGAGGACUUCACCUUUUCCAUCACCAGGGCGGUGAGUGUCUUGGUCAUCGCCUGCCCCUGUUCCUUCGGCCUCGCCACGCCCACUGCCAUCAUGGUCGCCACGGGCCUCGCAGCGAAGCAUGGCUGCCUCGUGAAGGACUCCGUGGUUUGGGAGAAGAUGGGCUCGUUGAAGGUGGCGGUGCUGGACAAGACGGGCACCAUCACCAAGGGCAAGCCCCAGGUGGUGGCCGUGUCUUUGCUGCCAGGCGCGGCGGCCUCGAGCGCGGCUGGGCCGGUGGCCAAAGCUUCGGCGCCGCUGGGGCGCAAGGGCAAGGAGGAAAGUGCAAGAGAGUCGGCCUUCAUCGGCUGGCUUCUGAGAGCUGUGGAGUCCACCAGCGAGCAUCCCUUGGCAGAGGCCUUGCGGCUCUGGGCGGAGUCGGUGUGCGAAACCGUGGCAGCGGCCGAGGAUUUCCAGCACCAACCGGGCCAAGGCGUGAGCUGCCGUGUGCCCGGUCUGGGCCUUGUGCGCUGCGGGCGGCCCUCGGGCGCGCUGCCGGAGGAGUGGCAGCAACGGCAGGCGGAGGGCUGCGUGGUGGUCGCCCUGGACGUGGCGGAGCAGCCCUGCGCGCUGCUGGCGCUGCGCGAUGAGCUCCAGGAGUGCUCCCAGCAAGCGGUGUCUGAUCUGCACCGCGCUGGCUUCCAGGUGUGGCUCUGCACAGGGGACGAGCCCCGCACCGCCCACGCGGUUGCGUCGAAGGUGGGCAUUGCCAAGGAGCGGGUGAUGGCGGCUUGCAGCCCGCAGGCGAAAGCCAAGCUGGUGGAGGAGCUCUCCAAAAAAGCGCCGGUCCUCAUGGUGGGGGACGGCCUCAAUGAUGCAGCAGCGUUGGCAAGCGCGUCCGUAGGUGUGGCCAUCGGCACAGGCGCGCAGGUGACCAUGGACUCGGCGCAGGUGAUUUUGAUGGGCUCCAGGCUCUCGGACCUAAUCCUUUUCUUAGACCUCUCAAAAGCGACGAUGCGCACCAUUUACCGGAACUUCGCCUGGGCGCUCAGCUUCAACUUCCUGGGCUUGCCCUUGGCUGCCGGCCUGGGUGCGCCUUGGGGCCUUUGGCUUCCGCCCACCUUUUGCGGUGCAGCCAUGGCCUGCUCCUCGCUGCUGGUGGUCACCUCAUCUUUGAUGCUGGGGCUGUGCCACAGAUGACCGGGGCGACAUC